AUGGAGCUCCGGAGCUCUAGUGCCUUGGCAAAGAGAGGCUGCGGGAGUGAGUCGAGGAAGAAACCCACCGCCGUCAUGUCCAUCCGGAGCCGCAUUCUUUUCCGGGCCCUUCACAUCUCCCACCGUGAAAUACGAUUCUUCCGCCAGCAUCUCUUCCAGCUUGCGCUUGCAUUGAUUCGAGUAGAAUUGCGAUGGAAGGGGUGGAUUGUGGUGGAGCGCUCGUCGUCGCGGCGGGGUUCCAGCAAGAAGCCCAGGCUGAUGGACGAUGACGACCGGGAGCUGACGGUGGAGGAGUUUCGCAAGGCCAUCCACGCGAUUCUGGUGAGGAUGGAUAGGAUCAGGAGCUCCGAUUUCUACAAGAGAUUUCUAGCGCAGGUCGGGGGCAGCGUUGGGGAGUCCCUGGCAGCGAUGGGCGUGGAGAAUCUGGUGGUGUAUGGGCUGGGCAGGAUCUCCAGGUCGGAGAGCUCGCGGCUCCAGCUCGCGCUGGUGCUGCUACUCAGGCAGGAUCGCGUCCUGCCCGAGGAUUGCUUGAUCUGGGUGUUUGAUCCGGUGCUCACGGCGUGCGAGUGGAGGAUCCUGCGGCAACUCAACUGCCGCGCGAUCGAUUCCAACGAGCUGGGGCUCCGGAAGGUGGAGGAGCCGACGCUGUUCUUCAUGCCCCACUGCGAAUCACACCUCUACGACAACGUCGUCAAGGCGAAUUGGGGAUCGCUGGGCAAGAUCGCGAUCCUGGGCAAUAGCUUCGCGAGCUACAUGGAGAGAUGGACGAUCUAUCCGAACCAGAAAGGCUCGCGCCCAGAUCAUCUCCUGGCUAUCCAGCCCCGGGCAGUCGAGCUUCGGGUGGAUGACGUGGACUUUAUGUACGCCUUCAAUGACAUGAGCUGGCACUUUUUCCCGGACGAAUGAUAUGACAUGGCGGCGGGAACAUGGGAGCGGCAAACGGUCCGAAAUUCUAUCAUUUUUAUGACAUGGGAACGGCAGGUAUAUGACAUGGAC